AGCAGUGCAAGCUCAUUCCAAUGCGAACUUGACAUCAGGGUGAUGGGUGUCGUAGCACAGCUCUUCGUGCUACUCUGGAAGAACAUCUACAUUCAGACGCUCCGGAGACACCCUUUCUUUACCCUACUUCAAUUGGCAGCCAUAAUCGGCAUGUUCUACAUCUACAUGUCACAGCUUUCUAAGAACCUUCCGAUGCCCCUGACGUACACCCCAGCUAUGGUCUACGGAGAUUUUUCUGAAAUACCUGUUGGGACGCUUGUGUACGGCCCUAAUGACUCAUCCCCGUACAUGACAUUUAUCCUUCAGAAUGGUUUUCCGGAGGUCUUAAACAGCACUGGAUCUGGAAUCGGGACGCCGGCACUUCCCGGUUCAAACCUCACAGGGGCCAGCACGUUAGAGGACGUUAUGAAGUCAUGCUCCGUUUCACAUGACUGCUUCUUUGUGACAUCAUCCGGCAAUGACACAAACCUGAACUACACCAUAGUCCAACAUGUAGCGAAAGGAUAUAUUUUUGCUGCGAAGGCUGCACCUUCGUACGCAGCACCGGCCAAACCAACCUCAGUCAAGAUUGCUUCGUUACAAAUGAAACUGGAACGUUCACAUAUUGGCUGGAUCGCACAGAAGAAGGCGGUGGAUCCCAAGAAAAUUCCUACGGUUGCAACGAAGCAGUUUCCUCAACCAAGGCUUCCCAUGGAUCGAGCAAGUCCAUGCGCAGACGUGUUGGGGCUGCUCGUCUUGGGCUUCUUGAUCCCUUUCGCAAUUCAAGUGGGUACUGUCGUCACCGAAACUGAGACUGGCAUAAAAGAGAUGCUGAAACUCAUGGGACUCAGUGAGUUCAUCUACUGGGUUGGUCAUCUCUGCACGUCGCUUUUUAUCACUGUCACCGCUUGCAUCCCUAUCGGCGUAAUACUUGUGUACGUUGGAAACUCCCGUCCCACCAUAGCGGGCGCUGACAUCACUCUCGUUGAGACAGCAUUGCUGCUCUUCUGUCUUCACGUUGGAAUGCAUAUCUUGUUUGUGGCAUGCCUUUUUAAGAGGUCGAACGUGGCUGUCACUUUUGCCAUCAUCUACUGGUUGGUGGCGUCCCUCUGGCCACUUGUCAGGGUCGGUUACUCACUUGUUGAGUAUAUGAUGUACUCCCGCAUUUGGAAAUUGGCCUACUGCAUGACGCCUGUCAUUGGAACUUAUUACACAAUAUUACUAAUUCAACUUGCUUCUGACCUGAAAGGCUCAGCAGGAUGGUCUGUCGUAACGGUGUUCUCAGAAGAACAAGACAACAUCACCAUACUCGACGUCUGGAUGAUGAUGCUGGCUACCGACCUGGCUAUGGCCAUCCUAGUGUGGUAUUUCACCAGAGUACUGCCGUGGGUGACUGGAAUAGCGCAACCAUUCUACUUUCCUCUUCUGCCGAAGUACUGGCGUCCCAGGGUCACAGUCGAUAACGUAGAUACGGCAGCCCUAGCGGCGCAGGAUCCCGCUCGGUUUGAACCAGAUCCGAAUGCAGAAGCUGUAAUCGCGAUAAAAGGAUUGCGUAAGAACUUCGGAGGCAAUACAGCCUUGAAUGGCAUUGACGUCAGAUUUUUCAAAGGCGAAAUCACGGUGCUCCUAGGUCAUAAUGGGGCUGGUAAGACUACCAUGAUGAGCAUCUUAACGGGUAUUUUGCCUCCAACAGAAGGCACUGCUGUCAUCUGCGGCUUUGAUGUCGUCAAGAAUACUGCAAGUGCACAAAAAAAUAUCGCCCUGUGCCCGCAGUUCGAUGUUUUCUUCCCAGAACUCACAGCGCACGAGCACUUGGCUUUUUUUGGUUCGCUUAGAGCCCAGUUGUCUGGCAAGGAUUUGGAAGCGCGUGUAUCCAACGUUCUGGCUAGCGUGAACUUGACGCCCAAGGCUAAUGAACUGGCGAAAGCGCUCUCCGGAGGCAUGAAGAGGAGACUGAGUGCAGCCAUUGCAAUUGUGACUCAACCGCAGGUUGUUAUUCUGGACGAACCCACGGCGGGGAUUGAUCCAGAGACCAGAAGGGAGCUUUGGGAUAUGUUUCUAGAGUUGAGGGAACGGUGCAGUAUAAUGCUUUCCACACAUGACAUGGAGGAAGCGGACGUCUUAGGUGACAGGAUCGGCAUUAUGGCUCAUGGGAAUCUGCUCUGCUGGGGGACGCCAAUCUUUUUAAAGAAAGCAUUCGGUACGGGUUACCAAAUUCACCUGGCAAAAAGCGGCAACAUGAAUAUGGACAUGAUUCUCAGCAUCGUCAGGCGGACAGCUCCUAAUGCGCAAAUUGAUAGUGAGAACCUAACGGAAGUGAGAAUCUCCCUGGGGCUCUCUGAUCCACAGGGGUUUGAGUCUAUGUUCGCCACAAUUGAGCAGCAAAUGCAGAAGCUGGGGAUCGGACGGAUCGGCGUUACUGUGUCUACCAUGGAGGACGUGUACAUAAAGGUGAACCUCGAAGAAGGAAAUGUUGGAGACGAAGCAGCACAAGAAGCUAAAGACGAAGACGUGCAGCGGUUGUGUGCUUGCGCAGUGCGGCAUCCAAAUUGCUUCCAACGACUGCGAGCUCUUCUGACGAAGCGCAUCAAAUACCAGUGUAGAGUGUGGAAUCCCUUUCUCAUCGGGGUCCUCUUGCCGAUACUCAUUGUGCUGGCCGAGCAGCAAGUUGAACGUGACUUGGCAGGAGCGAGUGCCGCCGUGUUUGCUAACAUAAAUAGGGCAAUGCCGACUGUCAUGUCCUUUGCUUCCUUGUACCCAAAGCAAAAGGUAUUCGUCGAAUACGACAAACAAGUGACCGAUCUCGUGGACAACCGUUAUCUGCCUAUCUUGAAGAAUGAGACUGCGCAUGUGGACAUUGUAGAGAACGCAGAACGUCAUCUCCUCGACUUGGGAGAGAAGGACUACAAAGACUAUGUCUACUCAUUCGUCUUAGGAGGAACAUUUCGAGCCAACAAAAUUGUGGCGUGGUGGAACCCUUUUUACGGGGCUAGUCAAGUUCUCACUCUGCUACUGGCAAACACAGCAGUUCUACGGUCAGUAUCCGGUGAGGUCAUGGCUCAGAUAACGGCAACAGUAGUCGUUGACUCCACCAUGUACAACGAUACUAGUACCAAUAACUUUAGCGCCGUGGACGUGAUGGUGGACUUCACAAGCUCUUUAUUUACAAACAUGCUACGCGGUGUGGGGUUUCCAUUGAUUACGUCAUUCACUGUGGGUGUGACAGUCCUCUUUGCCAUCAUGGAACGUACCAGCAAUUUCAAGGCGCUUCAACUCAUGAGCGGAAUGUCCAGCGUCCUCUUUUGGUUCUCCAACCUCUUCUUUGAUGCCGUCACUUUUGUUGUGACCUGGAUUAUCAUCUGCAUUAUUUUUAGUUUUCACAACGACACUUACACAAGUACGAAAGUUGCCGCUCUGGUUCUGCUCUUCCCAAUUGCCUGCGUGACCAUCUCUAUAAGCUACCUCGCUUCUUUUCUAUAUGACACGGAAGGCGGAGCUUUCUCCAUACUUACAAUCUUCUUCACUCUUGGAGGCAGUAUAACGAUUGCCGUUACUGGACUUAUCUGGCUGGUAAAGGCAAGAGCUGGUGGUUCGUCAGCAGUGGAGAUCAUUCACACAGUGUUGUCCAGUAUGCCGACAAGCAUUGCGCCAUACAGCAUAAUGAAACUACUGGCAGUCGACGACAUAAAUAAGAAAUGCAUGAAGUAUGCUGAUGAUCCUGCUGGAGACCCUUGGGUAGCCCUAGCGGGAUACUGCAGUGGCGUGGAGAAGUUCCUCGGCAUCACACAUUGCUGCGAACAGGCGAAGAAAGGAAAGAAAGGUAACGAUCUCAUGCUGCCGCCAUUGUCCCUCUCUUCGGAUGCUGUCGGUCAGCAGCUUAUCAUCAUGAUGAUUGAAGCAAUUGUGUUUCUUGCGAUCGUAUGCCUAUGGGACAGUCCAUCUGGACGAUGGAAUACAGAGGGCGAAGUGCAAGUGUUAGAAGACAGCGAUGCUGAGGCAGAGCGGGCGCUUGUCGAGAGAGUAGUAUCAACCCAAGCUGUUUCUCGGUACACACUUGUUGUGCGUCGGCUAAAAAAACAGUUUCCUAAUUUAACAGCCGUGCGUUCUCUGUGUUUCACCGUCAACCCUAAAGAAUGUUUCGGCUUGCUUGGCGUGAAUGGGGCUGGCAAAUCGACGACCUUCCAAAUGCUGACCGGUUUGGUGACUCCAACGGCCGGGGACGCAUGUAUCGGCAACAUGAUUAUGAGUGCUGGAGUUCGACAGUGGCAGUCUAAAAUUGGCUACUGCAUGCAGUAUGGCGGCCUUAUUGCAGAGCUGAAUACAUUUGAAACCCUAUACCUGUUCGCUCGUCUACGUGGGGUGCCCGAAAAGGACAUCCGUACACUAGUGGACAGCAUGAUCAAGGUUGUGGAUUUGUCGCUGCACGCGCAUAAGGUUUCUGGCAAUUAUAGUGGAGGGAAUAAGAGAAAGCUGAGCAUCGCAGUCGCCAUGAUAGGAUUACCCGAACUGGUGUUCCUGGACGAGCCGAGUGCCGGAGUGGACGUUGUGGCUCGACGGAAAAUCUUCACCGUAGUGAAGAGUGUCAGGGCUGCUUCGGGGAUUUCAAUGAUUCUGACGUCGCAUAGCAUGGAUGAGUGCGAGGCAGCAUGUGACCGCAUCGCCAUACUGGUUGCGGGUCAGUUACGGUGUCUUGGAUCCCUUCAGCACCUCAAGCAGAAGAUGGGUCAGGGAUACACCUUGGCCAUUAAGCUGACCUCCAAAGAUGAAUCUCAGCAACCAGCAUUUGAAGCAGCCGUGAAUAAUGUAUUUCCUGGGAUAGAGCUCACAGAGUCCCAUCAGGGACUGUACGAGUACCACCUACUAGAAAUGCUGCCAUGGAGUGAGCUGUUCAAGCGCAUUGGAGAGUUGCGUAAACAGUUUGCACUUGAAAACGUCCUUGUAUCAGACACCACAUUGGAAAAAAUAUUCAUCAGUCUUGCAAGAAAGGCUCUUCAACAAGACCAAAACGAGCCACGAACUGGUCAUUUCACUUCCCUCACUUCACCUCCACUACCGACUACUCAAGCACGUUCAGCACGGCCGUCAACGCAGCAUUCCGCGGUGCCAACCAGAGCAACUACAGUACGCAGCAGUGCAAGAAAUGCAGAAGCGCCUGUUGGCAUUUGAAGUGGACUGCAGCUCAUUACGGUACAUUCAUCAACACUACUUGGCUUAUUUCUGAUUUUUUUGAGCUUCCAUUAAUAAAAUCUUGU